AUGGAAAGUAGUAAAAGGCGAGGUUCGGAGAGUAAUAAUAACAAUACUAAAAAUGUUGAUGAUUGGCUACCAAUCACAUCAAAUAGGACUGCAAAAUGGUAUUAUUCGACGUUUCAUAAUGUCACAGCUAUGGUUGGUGCUGGUGUUCUUUCUCUCCCUUAUGCCAUGUCUCAAAUGGGAUGGUAUUGGGGAGGCGUAGUAUUGCUCACAUCAUGGGUGGUAACAUUAUAUACUUUAUGGCAAAUGGUGGAGAUGCACGAGAUGGUACCCGGAAGAAGAUUCGAUAGGUACCAUGAGUUGGGGCAAGAGGCUUUUGGUGAAAAGCUUGGGCUAUGGAUUGUGGUUCCUCAGCAGUUGACAGUGGAAAUUGGAGUGAACAUAUUGUAUAUGGUGACUGGUGGGAAGUCACUGAAGAAGAUUUAUGACACUGCUUGUCCUACUUGUAGGCCAUUGAGGACAACUUAUUUCAUCAUGGUGUUUGGCUCUGUUCACUUCUUUCUUUCACAUUGUCCCAAUUUCAACUCUAUUUCUUUUGUCUCCUUCCUUGCUGCUGUCACAUCUCUUAGUUACUCAACGAUAGGAUGGGGAGCAUCAGUACACAAGGGAAUAAGUCCAGAUGCUGAAUAUGGUCCAAGGGCUUCAACACAAAUAGGAAGAAUGUUUAAUGGAUUUCAGGCUUUAGGUGAAGUUGCUUUUGCAUAUGCUGGACAUAAUGUUGUCUUAGAAAUUCAAGCAACUAUGCCAUCAACUCCAGAAAAACCAUGCAAAAAACCAAUGUGGAAAGGAGUUAUUGGUGCCUAUUUUAUUGUAGCUAUAUGUUAUUUUCCAGUUGCUUUUAUUGGAUAUGCAGCUUUUGGUAACACUGUGGAAGACAAUAUCUUGAUCUCCUUAGAGAAACCUGCUUGGCUUAUUAUUAUGGCAAAUGCAUUCGUCGUUAUUCAUGUUAUUGGAAGCUAUCAGAUAUUUGCUAUGGGUGUUUUUGACAUGGUAGAAUCUUACUUUGUCAAGGGAUUGAAAUUUGCUCCAUCUACAAUGCUACGAGCUACUGUUCGGACUGUUUAUGUUGCCUUAACAUUGUUCCUUGGAAUGACAUUUCCAUUUUUUGGUGGACUCCUUAGUUUCUUUGGAGGAUUUGCAUUUGCUCCUACUACCUACUUUCUUCCUUGUAUCAUGUGGCUUGCCAUCUACAAACCUAGAAGAUUUUCAUUGUCUUGGUGGACUAAUUGGAUAUGCAUCUUCAUAGGUGUUCUUCUCAUGGUUUUAGCUCCAAUUGGUGCCUUGAGACAUCUCAUACUGCAAGGCAAAGAUUACAAGUUCUAUUCAUAGAUAGGGUCAUUUGGAAAUUAAUUUUAAAAUAAUAACAAAUAAAUUUCCUCAUAACAAACAAUUGGUAGCAUUUGUCAGAAUAGAGAGAAUUAGUUUUGUAGAUCACUUAUUAAUU